AAUGUUCAAUAUCAAAACACAUAAUGUCUUAUAUGAUUUUUUUUAUAUGUUCUAUAAAUGACAGGUCUUUAUGAAUGAAUUUGCAUCAAUGGUACAAGAAGUUGGUGCAUCUUUGGCAAGACUUUCUACCAAAUUGGUUAAGGCAAAAGAACUCUUCCCUGGGAAUCAGUUGGUCAAGAAGGUAGAUGAAGUGUUGGGAAAGAUGGCAAGAGAACCAUCAAUUCUCAGCCAAGAUGAAGAAAUAUUUGGAUCAGAGGAUUUUUUGAAUGCCAUAGCACAAAUUGAGAAGGAACUGAUGGAGGCAAGUGAAGCAGAAAAAAAGAAAACAGGAAAUGAGAAGGAAUAUGAUAUAAGGAAGGCAUUCAGUUUGGGUUGCAACUUAACUCCCCCAACUCCAACAACUGAAGCACAGAUUAAUGUUGCAGCCACAACUUCAACAACAACUGAUGCAAAUGUUUCUUCUAAGCCAGAAAAGGGUAAAGCUUUAAUAUCUAUGUACAAUUAUGAAAAGUAUAAUGUUCAUUUAUAAAAUAAUAAGUUUGUUUAGUCUAAAUAUUCAAAAAAGUAUAUAUUCAGAAUAACAAAUGUUCAUUUACAUUAACAAUUUCAUAUAUUUUAAAUCAACAGAAAGAGUUGGAGGUUCAAAUUCUGAAGAACCACAAGAUGGAGGAAAUUCAA